AUGGAUAAACUCAAUGUCUUCAGCCUGAGUGUAUAUAGGGAAUACCCCGUUCUGCCUUUGCCGGUAUCCAUUCGGAGGUUGUCAAGUUUGAGGACGUUGUGUCUGAGUAAUCUAGUGUGUGGUGACAUAUCCAUUAUAGGGAAUCUUGUCACUUUAGAAAUUCUCAGCAUAAGAGAUUCUCGGUUAGUGGAGGUGCUAGUGGAGAUUGGAAAAUUAACCAAUCUAAUUAUGUUGGAGUUGCGGAAUGAGUGUAAAACAAUUGAAAGGAUUUCAACAGGUGUCUUAUCAAGUCUAGUUCAGUCGGAAGAACUACAUAUGGUUGUAGUAGAAUAUUGUAGUUACUCCACCUUGAGUGAACUAAAAUUCUCAUCGAGAUUGACCGCACUGACAUUAAGUAAAUGUGCCAAAGAUGUUAUCUACAGUAACUUGAGCCUUUCCUCUAAGUUGAUACGGUACAAUCUUACAGUGAGUGACAUGUGGACUUCAAUCAUGGAUGAUUACGACAGGAAUAUUACUUUAGAGGUCAUGGAGACUAGGCCAUUGGGUAAUUGGAUCUGCCACCUGUUGAAGGAGAGCGAAUUCAUACAUUCAAUCGUAAAGGGAUCUAAUAAUGUGUUGACUGAGUUGCAACAAAAUAAACUUCAGAAUGUGAAAUGUCUCCGCCUCGCUAGAUGUAAUUUAGUGACACAUUUAUUGACGAGCUCUAGGAGGAGACAUGAAAUAAUCAAGUUCUUCAAUUUAUAUGAGUUGAAGCUUCAGUAUCUGAAAUGCCUGACUCACUUUUGCAGUGACAAUGUUGAGGCCAUUAAGUUCCCUCAGUUACGGAAAAUGAUCUUCGAUGAGUUACUGAAGUUUCAAAAUUUCUGGCCUACAGCCAACGACUCCAUCACUAUCUCAAAUCCUCUUUUUCAUGAAAAGGUUUCUUGUCUCAACCUGAAAGAGCUAGACAUCUAUAGUUCUAACAUAAGUUCUCUAUGCUCUCACCAACUUCCAAUUGCCUACUUCAGCAAACUUGAAACAUUGGAAGUAAAGAAUUGUAGAAAAUUGAGAAACUUAAUCUCUCCAUCAGUGACCAGAGUAUUGUCAAUUGGAAACUUUAUUAUUCUCUGCUCCCAUGAAAAAAAUGCAAGUGAAGGCACUACUGAAAGUGACAAAUCUGAAGCUAAUGAUGGCGACAAAUCUGAAGCUGCUGAUGACUCGGAAGGGUGA